AUGCUUCAAUAUGGGUCCUGGAAUCCAGCGCUGAGACCUGAUAACGGGCCAAUGGCCUCGUACCUCUCCUUAACGGACUCGAGUUCGACCUCCUUGUCCACGAAGCAUUCAAAGCCCGCGAGCCAUACCCAUCCAAAAAUACAGCAACUACAAAUGUCUGCUGGAGGAGACCCAGUUGUUGAAUCGACAUUUGUCGAACACUCGAAUGGUGCGUCGCGUAGCGUCGGGGAGAUAGGUGGGGAUGACGUCGAUGUACAGAUAAUACAUCCAUCAGACCAGGAGCAACCUACGGAAACAUCUAACGAAGCUCCCUCUGGUGAUGCAUAUGGCAAUGGCGGCGAAUCCGUACAUCCUAGUCGAGAAAAAAUCCAACUGGUCGAACAAGAAGCCACCAGUCAUAAAGCGCGCUCGGGAGGGUUUCAAUGGGGUGACGAUGGCGGUGUAAAUUCCGCCUGGGACAUUUCACGAUCCUCGACAGAACCAUUUAAGGAAUAUGAUGUAGCCGGUCGAACGAAUUCUUUCCCAAGCAUGGAUCCUGGUAACGACUUCGACUCCGAUGGCAGCCAUUCACAUGACACAACUUUGGAGUCUGAUGCCAGUGAUUCUGGGAAUCUGGAUUCUAACAACAGGACUACCACUGUUGAAAAUGGUUUAUAUUCAAACUCUCAUGAGCAAAAUGCCUCCAUGCCGUGGGGUGCCACUGGUAUUGAGGAAGAUACUGCUGGAGACUUUUUUAAUCAGCUUAAUACUCAGACGAAACCCAUCUACACACCAGUGGAAGCCGAGUCAAGGUUCGAGGAAGGCAUGCCGUUGAUUAAUGAUUCAGAGCCAUCAUCCCCUGCUGAACAUAAUCAACCCGAUAUUAUCGAUGCAAUUUUCAAGGAGGAUGAACCUGUUGACGACGGUGAUUUUUUUGGAUCCAAAUCAAAAAUGCCACCGCUCAACCGCAAAUCUACGUCUCAAGUCCUAGAUUCAUUACACUUCGAGCAGGGCAAUGCGAUGACCGAUUCGCCAACUGAUGUGACUCCAGCCAAAAACCAACUGGAAAGCACUGACAAUCGAACCAGUGAAGAAAAUGUUGCUCAGGAAGAUGUCCCAGAGGAUGUUUUGGCUGAGAGAUGGAAAGCGGUCCUCAGUGACGAUGAUUUGCUGAUGGAUGAUGAUUUGGAUGAUCUGGAUGCGCCACACGAUUCGGAUCGAGACCUACCAAAUGGCCCUUUUGAAGGCGCGUUCGCUUAUCAACCGCCUGCGCCAGUUCAAGUGUCUGAGGUGUCGGCGCAACGACAACCACGGGCGAACCCGUACACUCCUCAUCAGCUACCUUCUUCCAAUAUAAUGCAGGAGUUUCCCGGCCCUGGCUACGGACUGUCUAAUGCAGGGGCUUUUACGACCCCAGUACGUCCGUAUACGGGCAACUCGAACUCCAGUAAACCUGAAAGUUUCUCCAAUCAAGCAAAGGCUGGCUAUCAGUCCCCCUAUGAUUUGCCUAUGGAAUUAACUCGUCCAAAACAUCAUUCUUCUCAACCGCUCGUGUCUCAACCUCUCCCUGCAGCCCAGGUCCCCGCAGUACAAACCCCCCCUCGCCAGAGCAGCAUGACGGCGAGCCGACCAACGAGUUCAAGUUCGGCCUAUUCCCCAGCAAAGCUUGUACCUCCGCCUUUAUCUCGUCGGGGAACAGAGGGAGCCACCAGCAGCAACAACUUUUUCGAGGAGCUCCCAGUUACUUCCAAACGUCGCCCUUCAACGGGAAUCAAAUAUGCUCCUCCCCAAACCAUGGCCCACCCUGCGGCUUCAUUGCCACUUAGUUCUAUGCCUACCAAUGUAAUGACGCCUCCUAGCCAGCCACAAAAAGCAAGUGAUCAUUAUCAAUUGCAAAAUCCCGAGCGGCUAGAUCCCUAUUCCACUCUUCCGGUCCCCACUGGCCGCACAAUUUCUGGCCCAUCCGGCCGAUAUUCCCCAAGACCACCGGCCGUCCACCCUGGAUCAAGACCUCUUUCCUCUCCAAGAUACUCACCUGUUCCUCCACCAUCCACCGCGCCUCCUGCUUCAAAUAGAUAUUCUUCUCAGCCUAUGACAAGCUAUUCCCCCUCACACCUAUUUCAGCCAAGGACCUCAAGUCCCCUUGCGUAUCAUGAAUAUGUGUCCCACGACCAGCCCACUCAUUCACAAUCUGAAAAUGAAAAUGGUCCUCCGUUUUUCCCUGGACCUGGUCCCCGUCAACCAUCCGAUCUCACUCGCUCUCCGCAUAGUAAUCUACGAAAUGAAACCGCUCAAAACCAACCGGCUAACGAAUAUCUACCCCUAACGAGCCGUAGAACCGGAUCCUCUUCUCAGUUUGCGGAUCGCUUCUCGCCAUCCCUUCCGUCAGAUCGCAAUCCUUUCGAACCAGCGUAUCACGCUCAAGCUACACCAGCGGCCGCCACAGCUCCUUCUUAUCCCCCACAUCCACCUGCAUUAGUUCAGCUCCAGCAAUCCCCCGAGGAUCAACCGCCCAGAACUCCCAGGAGUUCCCGGACUUCGUCACCAGGCAGGUUACAGUGCGAACCUAGCAUAGCGAGCGUACCGGAACCUUUCCAAGUGCCUGCGUCAGUUCACAGCCCAAUACCACCACUCCAACCCCAACCUCAAUCAUUGAUCAAAGAAGCCUUUACGCCGCAACUAGAUUUUAUUUAUCCAACCGACGGACAGGAACUUGAUCCACUUGAACGUUGGAAAGGCGCACCAAUAUUUAAGUUUGGAUUUGGGGGUGUAAUUGCCAGCUCGUUCCCUAAACACAUUCCCCGAUAUGCAUCUGGUCAACUUGUUCCCAAAAUAAAAUCAAGCCCCGGGGAGACCAAAGUUCGUUUCGUGGGCGACAUUAUUGCGCAGAUGGAGCCAAGCGUUAAGUUCCCGGGACCCUUGAGGUCGAAAUCCAAGAAGAAAGACGUCAUUGCAUGGUUGUCAGCUAUGAUUUCUAAAUUCGAAAAUGAACUUGCCUACCUGGAGGCCUCGACUCAGCAGCAACAUAAUGAGAAGAUUCUUCUUUGGAAACUGAUACGGGUCAUGGUUGAACACGAUGGCCUCUUGGGAGGUAAUGCAGAGGUCGACAAUGCCGUGCAUUCUAUUCUAUCUCCGGUCCCUGACAUGACCAGGCCAUCAUCGCAGGAUUUCGGGCAUUCUACCCAGCUUUCUAGCGUAUAUGAAAGUAUAAACGGCACAACCCAAUUGGAGCCGGCAAGCGUGGAUGGGUUGGAAAGCAUUCGCAGAUGCCUCCUAACUGGUGGAAGGGAGAAAGCCGUUUGGGAAGCCGUUGAUCGGCGCCUAUGGGGCCAUGCUAUGUUAAUGUCAUCAACAUUGGAUAAGUCCGUCUGGAAACAGGUGAUGCAGGAAUUCAUCAGACGGGAAGUCAGGACUGCUGGUGACAAUACUGAGUCAUUGGCUGCGCUUUACGAGAUUUUCGCCGGCAACAUGGAAGAGAGUGUCGAUGAGUUGGUCCCACCUUCUGCCCGUGCGGGCUUGCAGAUGGUUAGCAAAACGCAAGGCCCCGGUCACCCUAAGAACGCACUCUGUGGACUUGAUAAAUGGCAAGAGACGUUGUGUUUAAUUCUGAGCAACAGAAGUCCUGACGAUCAGGUUGCUCUUCUUGCUCUUUCUCGGUUGCUCUCAUCCUAUGGAAGGAUAGAAGCGUCUCAUAUCUGCGCAGUAUUUGCGAGAUCUGCAUCCGUUCCUCUGGCCUUUGGCGGCCCUGAUGAUCCGCAGUCACAGAUUGUACUCCUUGGUGCGGACCACCGCAGGUAUCCGUUCACAUUCGUGAAUGACCGAGAUUCCAUUCUUCUUACUGAAGUCUACGAGUUUGCGCUCUCCAUAUUGCCAGGUGCAGCAACUGUAGUAGUACCGCAUUUGCAGGCAUUUAAACUCAAUUAUGCACUUUCUCUCGCGGAAAAUGGCAGUAAGGCCGAGGCUCAGCAAUACUGUGACGCUAUUGGUGCAAUCCUAAAAUCAACAACCAAGCCUUCACAGUACUAUCAUCAACGGUUUUACUUCGAACUGGAUGAGCUUGCCAACCGCUUAAGACAAUCCCCUACCGGCGGGUCUUCAUGGAUGUCAAAACCCAACAUGGAGAAAGUCUCUGGUUCUAUUCUGGCGAAAUUCAACAGUUUCGUCGUCGGCGAUGACAGCGAUGGUAACUCCACUACACCUGGGAAACCAUCAGACGCAGACAUUGGACCAUUUGCCAAAAUGGUGGGCACCCCUCCGGUUAGCCGUUCGCCUUCUGUCAAUGACACCUUUGGGCCGUAUUUCGCUGCUGGUCAGCCAAUUCUUACAAUGGCGUCAACGUCUCGUUAUGCUGCCGGAAAUCAGUAUGCUCCUUAUUCAUCGCCAGAUCAGUACCGUGGUCGCGCAUCUCUUGACUCGCAGAGAUCACCGCCAUCUACUGGUCGAUCUUACUCUCAACGAGGCCUGUCCCAAGAACGCAGUAGUAUUUCGGACAUUAAUUACAAUCCCUUGUCGCAACAAAAUGUCUAUAGUCCACCAUCGGCAUACGCUCACCUAGCCCCGGUGGAGGAAAUCCAGUCCACUCAAAGUUCAGAUGAACAGGCUCUUGAACAACCCAGUAGCUUUGGUGGAUACCAACCCAACUUCAACCAACAACCUACCACCCGAGAGGGACUUGGUGGUGCUGCUGCCCGGAAUACCGGGUAUGAGCCUCCAACAGGGACAACUGGCUACGAACCCCCGACGUAUGAGCCUGGGCCCAUGGAUGAUGGAGACUCAGACAAGGAAAAACCAAAGAGAUCAUUCAUGGAUGAUGAGGAUGGUGAUGAUUUGGCCGCUCGUGAAGCAGCCGCCAAGAAGGCUGAGAAAACACGCAAAGAUCGCGAAGCUGACGAGACAUUUAAAAAGGCUGCAGAGGAAGAUGCCAAAAAGCCCGUCCCAGAGAAGAAAGGAUGGUUCACGUGGUGGGGUAAGAAAGAUACGAAUGCUAGCGGGGGAGGUCCAAUUCGAGCAAAACUUGGUGAAGAGAAUUCAUUCUACUACGACAAAGAACUGAAGAGAUGGGUCAAUAAGAAAGACCCGAGUAGCGCCACUGCAACUGCUCUCUCUACGCCGCCGCCACCCAAGGGGACAGCUCCACCCAACCGGACUGCAAGUGCCAACAAUGCGUCCCCUCCUCCUGGAACUGGUAUUCCCACACCAGCCUCGGCUCCAAGCCUUGCUCCACCUCCCAAUCCAUCAAAGGGAUCACUUUCACCAUCUGGGGACUCGUCACCUCAAAACUUGAGCCCUGGAUCACCAUCCUUGCCACCCUCAGCAAGUCCAUACCUGACACCCCUGUCUGUCUCGGCAGGACCACCAACGAGACCAGGAACGGCUUUAAGUAAUGCAAGCUCCAUCGAUGAUCUUAUCGGAGCUCCACAGGCUAGAAAGGGCAGUACCGUUAGGGGAAAGAAGAAGGGCCGAGGCUACGUUGAUGUUAUGGCAAAGUAA